GAAGAGUCAAAUUAACUAAGGAGGGGUGGUAAGUUUUUAUUGGGCGAUGAAUCGAGGCGCAAAAGAGUUGGGGUGGGAUCCUUCUUCCCUCAUGAUGGCUUCACCUUCAAGUUCAGUAGAGUAGAGUGAGCGAAAGUGGAAAACAAAAAUGGAGGAGACUCAAGUGCUGCACGAACUCCACAAGCUAUCACAGAUAGAAUCAGAGGAAACCCUAAACCAAAUGCUAUGCACCCUUUGGUCCACUCGUAAAACGGGUCUUCCCCUCUCCGACAAGUCCCAUUUCCAAUCCCUCCUCCACCUCCCUUCCCCCUCCCAUCUCGACCCCGUUUUAGCGUGCCUCCGUUCCCUCGUCAGAAAAUGCGCGCACCUGAACCUCGCCCGCGACGACCUUCUCAGACUGUUUCCCCGCGAUCUUCCGAUUCAGUUGCAAACGAAUUUGGUAUCAGCGUUGCAGAGAAACAGAGAUCGGUGGAAGGAGGACGUGAGUCACGUGAUUCCGCAGCUGAAGGGAACGAUAAACUUUGCUCCUUCGCUGCUUUGGCCGCGCCAAGAACAAGAUUUUGAUGCGGUGGCGGUGCCGGCGGUUGUUCCUGAUGUUGGCCCUUCGGGGGUGAAUUCGUGCUUCCAGUGUGAUGCCGUUGGUGCUUCUGAUAACUUGGAAAACCUUCCUUGCCUCAAAUCAAUGACGUGGACCAUGGAGAAUCGUGGCUCAUCCCCUGCAGAUAGAGUAGCUAUAAUCAGCCUUAAGCUGCAUGAUUAUAGCAAGUCUCCAUCAGGUGAAACAGAGAUAAAGUUUCAGCUCACAAGGGACACACUUGAGGCUAUGCUGAGAUCCAUGACAUACAUCAGGGAACAACUAAAUGCUGUUGAAACUUCUUCAGGGCCAGCAAACAAGAAACAAAAGCAGUAGCUUAUUUUCCAGAAAUUAAUGCAGUAGUUAGUAAUAUUAAGACAAAUAUCUCAUCCUUUUAGUCAUUGGAUGUUAUAACUGAUUUUUGCCCCUCCGAUUCUUUGAUGGAUGCCAUUAAGGCUUAAGCAAACUUAAUGGUUUGUUAUAAACUAUCUCUCUCUCAAUGAUUUGUAUGUGAGGAUUUGUUUAAGAUGCCUUCUCUUUUAACUUUAUGUUUAUUUUGUGACAAUGCAAUAAAUUUAAAAUUAUCUUCAUCU